UGAAUGUCAUGUCAAUGAAUGAUCGUUCCGAGUACUAUUUUGGUCAUAUUUUUAGUUCUAUUUCGAAUUAGUAAAAGUUAUUAAGAAAAAUGUUUAUGAGGCCAAUAAUUGUAACAUUACUUUUAUCGUUAAUCAAUGGUAUAUUUACUAAAAGCGUGGAACUGACAUUCGAACUUCCAGACAGUGCCGUAGAAUGUUUUUACCAGGAAAUAGAGAAGAAUACAUCGGCGGCAUUAGAAUAUCAGGUAAUAACAGGCGGACAGUACGAUGUAGAUGUUAAGAUCGAAGGACCAAAUAGGCAAAUAAUCUAUCAACAACAAAAAAUGCAAUAUGACUCGCACCAAUUUACUGCACAAUUAACAGGUGUCUACAAAGUUUGCUUUAGUAAUGAAUUUAGUACAUUUUCUCACAAACUUGUGUAUAUGGAGUUUAAUGUUGGCCCCGAGACACCUUUACCCGGCAUAGGAGAACAUGCAACUGUACUUACCCAGUUGGAAACAUCGGCUGAAGAAAUACACUCUGCAUUGAACAGAAUUAUAGAUCAUCAGACUCAUCACAGACUGAGGGAAGCACAAGGGCGUAAGAGAGCUGAAGACCUAAAUGAAAGAGUAUUCUGGUGGUCAAUGGGAGAAACACUGGCAAUUAUCUGUGUAACCUUUGCCCAAGUUAUGAUAUUAAAGAAUUUCUUCAGUGACAGACCUACAUAUAAUAGAAUGUAAUAUUAGAUAAUUUAAUAGAAUAUUUAUUAAAAGAU